GCGAGAGACCUCUCGGUCUCUGCAGCCAGAGCGCCUCGUCUCUCGGUCUCUGCAGCCAGAAGCCUCGUCUCUCGGUCUCUGCAGCCAGACGCCUCGUCUCUCGGUCUCUGCAGCCAGAGGCCUCGUCUCUCGGUCUGAUAACGACAUCACCACCUCAUCGCCCGGUCUCAUGGAAACUCACCACCUCGUCUCUCGAUUUCACCUCGUCUGAUUUGCAGAUCUUCACACCUCGUGGUCGUCUCAUCAUCGAAUCCUUCGACGUCCGUCCGUUACCUUACCUCCCCCGGUCUCCUCACCGAAGUUUUCUCAGCUCGUCACCUUCGGGGCCGCCUCAUCUCACGCUCGGAAUGGAGCCGCGUGGUGCGAGACCGCGACGCCGCCGUGCGGCCGGGGUCGUCUCGGGUGUUCCCGCUACCCACGCGUGACGACGACGUCGCUUGUGGCUCUGCGCGCUCCUUCCACGCCGACGAGACGAGUGGCUGAGACAGUCCCCGUGUCGCUGCUGGUGGUGCUACCGCUGGUGGUGCGGGUUUGCUCGAGGCGACCAUGGAGGUCCGCUUGGAUUCGCCUCCUUCCCCCCCUGGCGGCGGCGGCGGCGCGAUGAGGCGCAGCGCGGGGUCCUCCGCGGGGUUCCGCUCCAAAUUGGAGGCGCUCUGCUCCCUGGCGUGCGAGAGGGCGAGCCGCGUCACGGAGCACGCCACCUCGCGGGCGGGCGUGGACGGUGGGGGUGGUGAGGGAGGAGGAGGUGACGCAUGUGCCGAAGGAGGUGCUGCUAGAGAGGGUAGAAGUGGCAGUGACGGAGGGAAAACUGUUGGCGAUGGUGGACGCGGCAGUUACAUAGGUGGUGUUGGUGGAGAAGGAACAUGUGGCGGAGGUGGUCAUGAUGCACGUGGAUCUGGAGGUGGCGGCGGCGGCGGUGGCGGUGCUGAUAAAGGACCAGGUGAUGGCAAUCCACGUCGGGGUGAAGGUUGUCUUGUCGGUGGAGGAGGACACGGCGGUCGAGGACGCUUUUCCGAAGCUCUCGGAACUGGACGAGGUGGUGGUGACGUUGGAAUCGCCGGCGGUGCGGUGCUGCUCCUCGUGUCCAAGGCGGGGGGGGGGUCGUGCGGACCGUCCCAGGCGUCUCCCGCGACUCCCCAGCCGCCUCCUGCCGUCCCUGCCGCGCGUCGCUGGUACACACGCGACCCGCACGGCAUCUACCACUGCCUGCUGUGCAGCUACACGUGCGAGCGGCAGCGCACGCUCAAGACGCACGCGUGGAAACACGCGCGCGAAGUCACCUGCACCUACCCCGUGUUCGAGGAGCUGGAGGAUGGCGGUGGCGGUGGCUGCGGCGGCGACGGAGUGAACGUCGGGACCCCCCUCGCCGCAGCAUCAAACGGCACGGUCCGGCUUCCCGACACCGACGCCGACUCCAACGCCGCACGAGGCCACGUUCACCCCUCCGAGGGCGGUAGCGUGAACGCCACCUCGCUGUUGACUCCCGGACCACCCAAGUCGGCGGAGGCAGAUGCUCGGGAGAGAAGCGCCGCGGCCUCGACUCCUGGCCGCUCGGACGAGGCUCAAGUGCCCGGCCUCCCUGGGCUUGCGGCGGGAACAGAGCAGGGCGCGCGGCGCAGCCCUGGCCCCAAUGUUGGCCUGGAUGCGGCGGCCGCGGGGCUAGGGGACGAGUCGGGUGCGACUCCGCGCCUUCCAAUGACCGUCAAAGCCCAUGACAUUGGUUGCGGCGCUCGGCAGGACGAGCAGCAGGGACUUUGGAAGAAAAAUUCCAGCCAAGUUGGCGCUCUUGGUGUGAAGGCUGAUGAGCAAGAACGCAGCCAGCAGCAGCAGGAACGCGAAGAUUGUGCAGAUGUGAGGCCCGUAUCCAGGCGUCGCACAAACUCCGAGUGCCUGCGCCUGCACUCUCUGGCUGCCGAGGCCCUCGUGGCUCUGCCAGCCUGGUUGCCGCCACCACCUCCUCCUCGACAUCCUGAUCCUCCGAGUCCUCCUCAUCAGGACCUCGGGGUGCAAGAACCGAUCCACGAGGGCGCUUGCAGUGACAGCUACAGCAGCAGCAGCAGUAGCAGAGGAAGCGGCAGCCAGUCCGGAAUCAGCACCCUUCUCCUGUCCGUCAUCGAGCGACUGCACCAGCGAGACGAGGGAGACGGCGAGGUCGGAGCGGCGACCGCCAGGGAAGGGGGUCCUCGCCGCGUCAAGGUGGAGGACAUGGAGAUUGAUGACGUGGAGCAACAGCCGGAGGAGGAGGAGGAGAACGAGUUGGAAGACGAACAUCAGCAGCGAGCUCUGCUGUUUGGCGGGCUGGUGGAGCAAGUGUCCGGGACUCGGCAUGCGUACCGGUGCCGCGUGUGCCCGUACCGCGGCACGAGCGCUGCCCACGCCAGGCAGCACCUCCGCGCUCACCGCCGGCCCCGACCCUACCAGUGCCCAAUCUGCCACGAGGUGGCACGGGACUGCGGCGCUCUGCGUGAGCACACGGCCAGACACUGCCGCCCUCGCCCGCACCGCUGCUCCCACUGCCCGUUCGACUUCCAUUACAAGAGCCAGCUGCGGAAUCACGAACGCGAGCAUCACAACGUGGCGCCAAGGAGAAGGGCGGUGGCCGGGAAACACGCAGCAUCUCCCGCCGGCCAUGGGCAAGGCGCACGGGAGCGAAGGCUGCAUCAGUGCGACAUGUGCUCCUACACCAGCGUCUCCUACGUGGGCGUCCGCAACCACCGCCGCAUCCACGACAAGAGCUACCGGUGUGCGGAGUGCGAGUUCACAACUUCCUCGGCGGCCGCCUUUAAGCAGCACUCGUGCGCGCACAACGCCCUUGCUGUCUCCGCAGCCGAGCCUUUCAGGUGUGUGCUAUGCGGCUACGUAUGCAGCUUUGCGGCAUCUCUGAAGGCUCACAUGUGGCGGCACGCCAGCGACCAGAACUACGACUUCCAGCGAGUGAACCGGGAUAUUGAUGCAGCUACAGCCCUGGCACAGCGUUUCCAGAACCGCACCGUGCUGAAGAUGGCACCGGCCCCGGGAGAGUCGGGGAGGCCCCCUUCCUCCCCAGGCACCGUCGGGGACAACCUGAACCCUGCUCCGCCUGACGGGCACUCUCCAAACCCGGUUACGGGCAACGCGGUUGCGACCUCCGCCGUUGCCGUCGGCAAACCUGCUCGCUCGGCGAGCGAGAAGCCAGCAGCCCCGGUGACCCCAGCUACCCUGGCAGCGGCAGUCCAGACGGCGCCACCGCUUUUCCUUACCCUGCCGCGGAGCCCUGUGUUAGGGGGUACGUCUAGGCCCCAGGCUCCCCAGGGCAAGUCCUGUCGCCUCACCUUCUGCUGCUGCGUGUGCGGCUUCGAGUCGGGCGUACGGGAGGAGCUGCUGGCGCACAUGCAGGGCCACCAGCAGGAGUUCCUGCCUGCUGUGCGGAGCGGACAGCCACAACAGCAGCAGCACGUGCAACCGUAGCAGCACAUGCAACCGUAGCAGCAAUAGCCGUGACACCUGGACCGGAACGCAGAGCAGCACGCCUUCAGUUGCAAAGCAGCAGCAGCAGUAUUCCUUUGUGUACACAUGCACACAAUGGUUUACAGAAUAUUCAGGUGAUUACGGUGGCAGCAGCUGAGCCACUGUGGCUCUGUUGUCCUGGCUGCUGUGGCUGGUGCUAGCGUUGCCCGUUGCGAGGUCCUGUCUCUGUGUGUCUUGUGAUCCUCUGUAGGUUGUUUAUUGUAAUGUAGCACGUGGGCUGCUGGCUUCAUUGGCCCUUGGAAAAGCAGCCACUUUUAAUCUCCUGUAUAGACUUGGUCAGAGCAAUCAUUUGGCUCAUGAAGGUUAUGUUUGGGCAGAAGGAGAGUGUGUGUGUGUGUGCUUAAGCUCCUGCGAGUGCAAGGGAUGGUGCAUUUUUUAAUAGUUUUUUGAAUGCACCAUGGAGGAGAACUGUUCUGGAUGAAAGGGAAUCUGUUGUGUGUUUAAGCUGUGUGCUUGCACACAUUUUUUAUCUACAUAUUUUUCCUGAUACCCCCCAAACUACUCCACCCAAACCUAAACCCCCCCAACCCACCAUCCUACCUAUCUAUAUUUCUAUCAACCUACCAGCCGUGCCUUUGGUGAUCCCAUCAGGACCCACGAGCAGGAUUUUAAAACCUGCUCGUGAAUCGGGAUCUAAGUGAAGCACCAUUUGAUUAGUCGCUACCGUAUCUCAUUGAUGAGGCUGACUUUAUUCCUGAAUGAGUUGUUGUCGUACAUUGGUUUUACUUGUAAAUAAAAUGGGUGUGUUAAGUGAAGUGGGGAGCGGCAGUGUCAUGGUUAGUGUGCUGCACUAGGAACCCAGUGACACGAGUUUGAUUCCCGCUCACAGCCAACACCAGUGACGAUUAUCUGAACCAGUCCUGGACCUCCCCUUGUCGACUCAGCCUCAAAUGAGUACUUGGUGCGAUUUGUAAAUAUCACCACUCGGGAGACGAAGGCAGAUGGGGGCAUGGUGCUUGCACUUGUGUGCCGUGUUGGCCUUCAUUGGUGCUCGCUAACAGCUCUUGUACUGACAGUCUGUUAAUGCUAUACAGGGGAUGUUUGUCUUUUUUAUAUUAGUGAACUAUAUAACUGGGAUUUUAAAUGUGUGCACCAAGUUAUUUAAAGUCAAUACUAGACAUAUAGGGGACUUUCCAAUAAGUGUAACGGUAGGUUUUUUGUUAUUAAUAGUAAAAAAAAAACUUUUUUUUGCCUAUCGAUUUUAUAUGAAAGCUCACAAAGUUACCUUUGCAGCUUUUUUUCGUCCCCAAAAUAUUUAAUUUGUGCCAAAAACCUAAAAAUGCUCUUCAUGUACUACAUAUGUGUGUAUAUUCGUGUGGGAUUGAGUGUUGCUGGAGACGUUGGCUCACUGCUUUGAACCCGUCAAUCUGGCUUUUCCCAGCAAAGGCUAACAUCGGUGGCGACUGGUGUCUGAACCAGUUCUGGACCCCUCUCCUUCAUCAUGCAACACUGAGCAGUUUCAUGAAGUAUGGCCAAACAUCCCAUUACCAAAAUGGCAUGGGGAGAGGACUUCAUCCAGCAGUGGAUUGAAAAAGGUUGUACAUUUUAGUUAUAUAUUUGUACCAAAAUGCACGAAUGCGAGUAUAUGCACACACAUACUUUUCGUGAUAUAAAUAUGAAUUCCAUUUAUAUCACAUGUGUGAAUAUCGGCAUAUUAAAGCUAGAUUCACAUGCGUGAGUCGUAUAGAAAACUUUUAAGCCAAACACAUACCACUGUUGUGCCCCUGUGCUGGGCUUCCUUAGCAUGUGUCCUAUCACAAAACCAGCGGCUUGUCGUGCCACUUUUUUAUGGCACCCCACCCCCUCAUUAGCCGAGGCACGCGAGAGAGUUCACACAUGCUGGGGUUCUGUGGUUUGGUGAAUACUUGGCCAUAGAUCAUAGUGUGGUGCCAGUCCCAGGUGUUAGGUUUACAAGGCAUCGCUGCUUGUCAGAGCAGUGGCGUACAAUGCCACAGCCGAAGCCUGUGUCUUUGUGUCUGCACGUGUUUUUAACUCGGUUUGGCUCACCCAUCCCGUAGCAUAUAAAAAAAACUGUCGCUGAACUCAUAUACUGUAUACACUAGACUCACUCGCAGUCGCUUGCCCCAAGGGUCUUUGUAUGACCAUUUUAAUAGGAUGCUUAUGUAAUUUAGAGAAUUUAUCUCAUGGCUGAAGCCUGCGAACGCGUGACGGUAGCGGCGUGUGUGCAGUUCGCAAUUGCGGUCUCCUUGCACUGGCGUCGAGAAAGGUUUUUCUAUUUUAUUUUUUGAAAGAAAAUCAAAAGUGGAUUACCACACGUGACGCUUCACUUGAGCUAAGCGAGUCGUUCCAGUAUUACUUUGUGAUUUGCAAACACUGACGUGGCCAUGCAUUGACUUGAUUGAUAAGGUGUUGAAGUAUACACCAUUGUCCAUCCACAAUGCUUACUACGACGUUACAAGUCAUUGCGUACAAGCUAAUGGUGCGUGGGUUUAUCGCGGCAGUGUGAAAAUUGGCAGCUUGUGUCUCCGCUGCAAGCCACUCACCGUUUGCAUUGAGGGGGCUUUCUGGCUGCCAAUGUCAAUAAAAUCGUGCAGGGAGCCCCUCUGCUCUUCUUGUGAAGCAUGCUUCUGUGAUUUGGUGGAAGCACUUGAGAAUUCCUAAAAACCUCACUUCUUUUGUUAUCUGAAGUGAAAAUGUGAGAAUCUCUAGGCUUGCAUUGUGGCUCAAAAAAAACACGCAACGGACGCUAGUAAGGAAUGGGAAAUUUGGGGUUUUGUUCGAGCGGAACGACCACAGGUGCUGAAAAACUGGGCCCAUGUUCCAGGGAUUUGGAGCUGCUGUUUGCAAGCUCUUGCAGGUGGGAUUUGUGUGAAAGCCCUUUUUGUGUUACAGGGGGUUGGUGGGGAGGGGUCUUCUUGAUUGUGGUGUCCAAGUCAGAAUUGUCGCAACGUGUGUGUGUUGUUACUUAGAGAUGUUGAAAUAUAACAAUUUCUCAUUAUAACGUGUGUUUAUGUAGAACACUUAAGCAAAGAACACAACUUGGCUCAAAUUACUCAUCACCAGUAUCAGAGCAAGGCUCCUGAGAAAGCCUUGUUAAAUUGUGAUAAAAUAAGGGCUUGCAUGGUGGAGGAGACUACAGGCCUGGAAAUGUCGCGACCACUGGACAGAUGCCGUGAGCCGGCCACUUAAAAUUAUUUAAAAUGCCACAGUUAUGAGCUGUCGGUCGAAAGGCCAAACAAGGGCAUCCCUACCUACAGCCAAAAUCCCGGUUGUGUUUAUGAGACUGACAAAUAAAAUACCAACCACAGCCUCAACAUUUGUUUCUAGCAAUGCAGUACAGUUAGGAGGAACUGCCCGGUGUAUUUCACUCUGAACUCUUACGCUAUUAUCACGCUGCUUCCAAAUAAGCCGUGCGCAGCUCACUGGAGCUGUGCCCCGCGUGUAAGUGAAAUUGAGCCUACGACAGAGGUCGCAAUCGGGCACCCGAUACCCGUACCCUACCCGAUACCCGGCUACCCGUACCCGGCCGGGUACGGGUACCCGUUUGCGGACCCUGGUGCGGCCGGGUACGGGUAGGCCGUAAGUCACUGGUGAGUCACCGUUUGUCACUCAUGUCCCAACGUCUUGUCUCUUCUCACAAUUCAAGUUCCUGGAAUCAACCCACCCGCGCCUGCAACAUGGCUUCAUCCCAGAGGUCGCAAUUGGGUACCCGUACCCGACCCGAUACCCGGCCGGGUAUGGGUAGCCGGGUAUCGUGUAAGGUACGGGUACCCGUUUGUGACCCUGAUGCGGCCGGGUAUCGGGUACGGGGGGUAAGAAAUCAAAACCCGUUUGCGACCUCUGGCCUACGAGUGUCGUCCUCCGUGCCUUGAGAGCAACGUGUGGGCCCAUGUGUCGACAUCAGGCCCCCGUCGAUAAAAGUUUAUUUUCCGUAGCGAUGUUUUAAAUGGGUUCAUUAUACAGGGUGGUGUUUCAAAAGGAUGGACCCAAUUUCAAAGCGGUAUAUUUCACGAUGGCAACAUGUUACAAUUACACAAAAAGUUACAAACGGUUUAAUGAGUUGUCAAGUUUUACUAACCAUUUUAUAAAUGCUCUCUAUGUGCCCUCCACCUUCUGUAGGGACAACAUCGAGACAAUAGUUGAAUUCGUCCCAAACGCCUCUCAAAGUGUCUUCUUCCACUGAAGUCACUGCUGUCGUGAUUCUGUUUUUGAGGUCUUUCAGAUUAGUCACUAAUGGUGGCACAAAAACACGGUCUUUGACGUAUCCCCACAAGAAAAAGUCGCAGGGUGUGAUGAAACGCACGCUGCACCGCAAUUACGGAUUCAGUCUUGCUGAACUACAGAACGCAAAACGCUCCUUGUGUUGCGGGGGUCACCAUCUUGCGAAUGACUGAGGCUAGGGGCUGUUUGUGCGCUGGGAGAGGCAUCUCGCAGUAAUCAUUUGAAACUCUAUGUCCCGCCCUUUCAAGUGGUAGAGUUUCAUUCAUGGGCGGUUCAUGGUUGCAGAGAUAUCGCGAUUUAAAAUCGGGUCCAUCAUUUUGAAACGCCCUGUAUAUGGGUGCACGGAGGGAGUGUGUAGCAUCGAUGUAGCGUUAAUUAACGGUGUGUGAUGUGAUUAAGUUCUCUCACUUUUUUUUGUUUGGUAAUAAAGUGUAUUUAUUUAACUUUGA